UAUCUCUCUUUGACUGGACUCCUGGAGCUCUGCCUGGUGUUUGACUGUGCAUUUCUGCAUCUGCUUCCAUCAGUCACUGGAGAAAAGCUCUGUGAUGACAGUUGGGGUAUUCACCGAUCUGGUCACUGGGAAAAAUGGAGUCAGACAUCUCACAAGCCUUCCAGAAAAAACUGCUUCAUCUUCCUGAGCUGCCUGACAGACCCAGUCACCAUAAGCUGUGGCCACAGCUUCUGUCGAGCCUGCCUCCACCUUUCCUGGGAAGACACCCAACUUCCUGUCCAAUGCCCUAUGUGCAGGGAACCAUCCCAGAAGAAGGGCUUGAGAACCAACAUUGUUCUAAAGAAGCUUGUGUCCAUUACCAGAAAAGCCAGCCUAUUGAAGGACCUGAGCUCUGAGGAGCAUAAGUGUGUGACCCACGAGGAUCCUAAGAGGAUCUUCUGUGCUGAGAAUAGGACCUUCCUCUGUCAACUCUGCUCAAACUCCCAUGAGCACGGGGGACACAGACACUGUCCCAUUGAAGCAGCUGCUGAGGAUCAAAUGGACAGACUUAUAAAGCAAAUGGCAUCUUUAUGGGAGAAGAACCAAGAAAAUCCAGAGAAUAUAAAGACAGUUUUAAACUUUGUUAAUAUAUUAAUGGUCAUAUAGAGUACUAACUAAUUCUAGAAAAAAGGCUUCAAUUAGCUGCCUAUAUAUGUCUUUGUGUUCGAGUCUCUUAUCAGUUUUCUGCAGGAAAUCAUGGCCAGGCUUAACAUCAACUGAAGUCUCCAGGAAGAAGAUGGGGCCCCACAACAACAAUAGUUCCACAUGGACAAUAAUAAUAUCACUAAGCUGACAAACAUCAUCUACAGAUCAACUUUGGACUACAAAGUGCUCAGAGCAAUUUUAAGAGGGCUAGCUGAGAUGAUCCAGUUUCAAAGACUACUUGAAUAAGGACUUGAGAUAAACCCUGAACUUUGGCAUUAUGCACAGACUGGAUAACAAAGGAUAUAGCUACCUUUCCUAGAA